UGGGCCGGGGGGGGGGUCGGAAGCAGAACCAGCAAGCAACCCCCUCUCGAUGGUGUGAUUAGAUCACCUUCCGGCAAAUGGGAGAAGCUCCUUUCCGUUUACACAGGUUUAUCGGCCGACUCCUCGCUGCGUGCACACGCGUCCCCGCCCGCCCACGUGAUUUCUAGGAAAUUCGCAAAGCGCCCGUUCUGCGAGAGUUUCAGUUUCCUCUCUCGCUUAUGUAAAGCGGCGACUUCGCUCAGGCGCGACAGCCAUGGCUAGCCUGGUGAAGACGCUUGGUCUGGUUGGGCUGGAAGAUGAACUGACUUGCUCCAUUUGCCUGUGUGUUUUUGAGACCCCGGUCACUACGCCGUGCGGCCACAAUUUUUGCCUGCCUUGCCUGGAGAUGACUUGGACGGAUCUCCAGACAAAUUUCAGCUGUCCCCAGUGCAGGGCUUGUUUCGAAACCCGUCCUCAGCUGAAGAAAAAUACGGUGCUCUGCAAGGUGGUGGAGCAAUUCCAGGUCAGUCAAGACGGCCCUCGCAAAGGGACUUGGGACGAGAAGCCGGGGAACGCUGACAGCAGCCUUGCCGCGCCGAGGACCCCCGCAGUGACCUGCGACAGCUGCCUGGAGGCGGUGGCGGCCAAGACCUGCCUCACCUGCAUGGCCUCCUUCUGCCAGGAGCACCUGAGGCCUCACCUGGAGAGUCCAGCGUUCAAGGGCCACAAUUUGGUCCUGCCGGUGAAGAAACUUCAGCAGAGGAAGUGCCAGUCCCAUAACAAGCUUCUGGAGUUCUUCUGCCAGAAUCACGGUGGCUGCAUCUGCUGCUUUUGCUUGGUUUCUCACAAGACGUGCACCACCAUCCCCCUGCAAGAGGCCAAGGAAGCAAAGGAGUUACAGCUGAAGAGGAGAUUAACAGAACUCUAUGCCCUGAAUGAGAAGGCUUCACAGUCCUUGGAGCAAGUGCGAGCGCAGCAAAAGCAAAUCAGCAAUACCACUCAGCGGAAGCUGGAUUUGCUGAAAGCAGAAUUCCUAGAAAUAAUAGCUUUAAUUCAUGAAGAAGAAAAUGACUCUGUGAAGAAAAUCAUGUCAGAGGAAAAAAAAGCCCUAGAUAAAUAUGAAUAUGUCCAUACAGUCCUGGGUAAGAAGAAGAAUGAAAUCCAGAGGGAGAGAGACCAAAUUGAAGUGACCUUGACAGAGAUGGAUGAUAUCACAUUUUUAAAGAAAGCAGCAAAACUGCGGCACCUCUCCUUCAAAGAUGUAUUUGUUCCCAGAAUAGAUGUGGAUCAAAAUAUGUUAUGUGCUGUUUAUCAGAAAACCUUUAGCCUCAAAGAAAAUACAAAACAGUUUUUGACUCAACCUCAUGAAAAGAAAACAAAAGAAGGGCCACAGUGGAAGCCCAAAUCAGAAAUCCCAUCACCCCAACCAAGAGAAUUUACAUCUAGGAUCGCUUUGACAACAUUCCUGGCUUUUGUUUUCUUUGUUUAUGUGCCUGCUUUGUCUUUAGGGAAUGGUGCAUGUGACACUGAACAGAGAAACCGGCCUGGCAAACGCUCACAGAGUCCUAGCCGGAGAGGACAAAGUUGCAACAGAGGUGAGACAAAGAAUCAAACGACAACACUUGAUGCUUUUUUAACAAAACCAAGAGAGGAGCUUCUGGAAUUUGCUGCAAAAUUUACUCUGGAUUUCAACACUGCUCAUAAGAAUGUCGUCUUAUCACAGAGAAACACCAAGAUGUCUGUCUCAGAAACAGUACAGGAUUACAAACCUCACCCUCAGCGCUUUACAAGUUGCUCCCAAGUGCUUUCCUUCCAGUGUUUCAAGAAGGGAAUCCAUUACUGGGAAGUUGAGCUGGAGAGCAACAACUUCUGCGCUAUCGGCAUCUGCUACGGGAGCAUCCCAAGAAAUGGGCCGGAAAGCCGCCUAGGACGCAAUAACAGUUCCUGGUGCAUUGAGUGGAUCAACGACAAGAUCUCAGCUUGGCACAAUGAUAAAGAGAAGUGUCUACCCAACAACAAAGCAAAGAAGAUUGGUGUCCUUCUAAAUUAUGAAGGGGGGUUUGUUAUUUUCUUUGGGAUCACUGAGAAAAACAUCCUGCUCUAUAAAUUCAAAGCAGAAUUCACAGAAGCUGUCUAUUCUGCAUUCUGGGUGUUUUCUAGUGGGGCCACCAUUUCACUCUGCCAACUGAAGUAAUGCUGGCUGAGCAGAAUGGCUUUGGCACCCUCAUGAAAACAUGCACCCACACACUAUUAUGAUGCUUUUCCACAAGCUUUCUUGUUGAAUUAAGUCUGUAAGAGAUGUAUAGUUUUAAGCUCUGUGCUUGCUUUUUGGGAAGUUCUGGGGUUACUUGACCAAUAUUUCAGUCCGCUAACAAAGGUCCUUGGCAAACUUUCACUGGGGAAACUUGUCUAGAGGGUUCUUAGUGAACUGAAUUAAUCAGGUCUGUGGUGUGCCUCAUACCUCUGAGGUCUAAGCCAUAGUAGAAUAUGGAUGUGUGAGGUCUUCUUGGAGCAGAAGCUCCCUUUGCUUUUGUCUCAUACUCUACUAUGUAGUAAGAAAUGCAGAGCACAAAUUCCAUGGAUUUUCAGUGACCUGGUUGUCACUUCUGCAUAGGCUGCACUGUUCACAGUUUGAUCAGCUUCUCUUUGGGAUGGGCAUUUUUCACUUCCCAUGGGGUGAAUACUCCAGGGGUGUUCUCUGACUUGCAUACCACGUUUGGCUGUAUGAACAGUGAACUCCAAGGAUCUUGUUUUUAGAUGACUGAAAACAAGGCUUGGAGAUGGUGAAUCUUUUUGAUUCUUCAAUCAAGCACCGUGAAAAGAAGAAAAGUGGUACUUUGGUAGUGCUGCUGGGAGGAAAAGGGACAAUAAAAGGCAGCACUUUCAUUUCUGGAGCUUCUUUUAAAGACCAUGUUCCAUGGGUUUCUUUUCCUCCCUACCCUCUUUUCAGAUGCUCUGAAGACGUAGGAAAGGGCAUUUUGUGCCAUCUGAUAAAUCUCUCUUGGCUCAGCUUAGUUCCUCAGAAUUAAAUGUACUCAAGCUAGAGCUAUUCCUCAAUAGUUGUCCAAUAGUUUUGGCAGUGUCCUGCAUGCAAGUCAAGCCAUGAAUAUCCUUGGCCAUGCAUGCCAAAAGAGAGUGGUUUAAAAAAAUCACCAUCAUCCGCUUAACCAACCAAUCCAUGUUGAACAUUGUUCUGUAAUUAUGGUUGUCUGAGAGGACAAGGUUCCUGUUCCUGCUCCUUGAAGAGCUACCUACACAUCUUCACUGUGAUGUUCUAGUGGAGAAUGAAGUAUAAUAUUUCCACCUAAUCUUGUAGCCUUUGUUCUGCUUGCCACUGUUGGAGGUAAUGAGAUUACUCUGAUUUCCUGCAUGCUGUUUUCUAAGCAUAGUCUUUGAUCGCAUUUGGCUGUAGAACCAAGUGUGGAAGAUCACUUAAAGGACUUUCAGUAGGUGUGAAAAACCAAUCAGUGUGCCAUCUUUCAUUUCUGUCUUUGAGCUCUUCUUCCCAGCUGGCCUUUCAACUUCAGUAUGUCUUCUGUUUUCUUUUUAAAAGAUGAACAGUAGACUGGGAAGAUUCACAGAAAUUGGAAGCUAAUGGUUUUGGGCAACUGGUUUUAAGCUUCUUGGUAAUUUUCAUGCAGGAGAGGGCACCUAAUGGCACAUGGUUAUGAGGAUUGCACAUCUAAACCAUUGAGGAGUACUUUGCUAUGUUUUCUCAUUAAAAAGGAACAGCAAACUAGAGGUUUUGUCUUGGAAUUAGAAGAAUUCAUGACCCAAAUGUAGUGGCUUAUGGAGCUGUCAGCUUUAAGAAGUUCUUGUGCUAAAAAGUAGAAGGAAGCACCCAUAUGAUAGAGAUAAAAUGAACUACAGUCUUGGCAAAUCUAGAUUUCUGCAGAACAUAUUUUGAUAUAAGAGGGCAGCCUGACUGUAGCAGUCUGAUUCAGUUGUAGGUUUAUGAUCCAAUAAAGGACCCAGUCUCAGGACGCUACAGGGAGAAUUUGCUUUCUAAGUAUGCCUUAUUAUAAUUGACUGAGAAAUGUUUAAGACUCAAAUUAUGGAGCCAUUAGGGAAGCUCUGGAAGUUACUGAAAUGUAAUGGACCACUGCAAAAAAUAAAAUAUGUAUUACCCAUUCUUUAGGUAAUAUUGGAAAGCAGUGUGUUGAAAGGUUAAGUUGAAACUGCAAGGUAUGAGGUAGAAAUAGGAAACAGAAAAGUUACAUAAAAAAAACAACCGUCACCACCAUCCCUCUGUACUGAGAUCAUGGCUAUAUGAAGAUGAGAAAGGUUGGGAUGGAGAACCUGUGGUUUCUUGUGCAAUGUAACCUACUUCUUUCAGGGAUACUAAGAUCACUCCUCUAUUAUGGGCCUUGCAUAGUCAAUGUUCCUCUUCAUGAAGAGCUUUUUUCAAAAUACAUUCUGAUGAGACUUCCUGGCUUUUGUGCUGAAUUGUUUUUGAGACUGUAUGCUCCCAAGGGAAGUUUCAGUGAAGCAUUCUUUCAACAAAUCAUCACUUAGAUUCAGACACAUAUUCCUAAUUUUUUAAAAAAUCCACAAAUCAUAAGGCGGCAUGUAUCCAGCCUCUGUUAUCCAAAUACCAUGUGGUGUGCCGUGGAUAGUAUUCACCGUGGUGGCUUUGGUGGUAUUCAAAUGCCUUUAGGCCAUGGUUACAGUGGGUGACUGUAAUUAGUACAGAAAUCUUAAUGAUCAUAUUGGAAUCACCUAAUGAUUUUGAAAUAUCUCUGGGAUUCCUUGAGAAUCUCUCUACAUAGUUUAUUUUCUCUAAUUAUGUAUUUUUAAAUGUUUAUCCAGGCAGGAUAUUGUCCAUUGGCGAAAAGGUGAUCCUUAGGCCUUGUUUCUUACACUACAAACCAGGCUUCUUUCAGAUCAGCCCCAAAUAGCAUUGUUUUAUCUCAUGGCAAGUCAGCCAAUGGGAUCAUGUCAGUGGGCAUGACUGAAGCAUAGUGAAGCAUACUACCUUCUCCUGGUUUCAGCAAAAGAGAGCCAAAUCUCAUGCUUUCACUUUGAAAUUGUGUGGUUUUGGCUCUCUAUCUCCAGUGGACAUAUUUGCACUGCUGCAUCACGAACCCUUGUUAUGAUCUAGCACGUAGCUUAAUAUUUUCUGCCAAGCUUUUCAAAAGUAUAGAAGAUGUGCCCUAAGCAGUUUUGGCAUUAAUGAAACUGUUGGAAAAUGGUUUCUAUUGGACCUUUGCAGAAAAGUUGUUCAAAAUGCUAUAUGCUUCAGUGUGUUACUGUAUCUUGACAGUAAUGUAUGCAAAUCUGUGACACAGCUUGUCUGUGCUUUUACUUUGAAUUGUAAGAAAAAACUGCUCUGUGGUCUACUUUAAGAAAUGGUGGUCUCAGAAUGCCCAAAUAGUGAAGCUGUUAUGAUUUCUGUUGAAGUCUUAACCUUACUUAAUUAAGAAUCAGCCUGUUGUCUCUUAACUAUAAAAAAAAUAAUGUGAUGAAUCUCUUUGCCUGGUCUUGCAAUCGAUCGAUACUUGUUAAAUUAAAAUUAAUAAAGGUUGUUUAUAAUAGUUAA